AUGAAGGCACGUAAACCUAACACGGACCAAAGCGCAGAGUUCACGGCUUUUGCGAAUGGUGAGGAGUGUACGGAGUUCGUCCUCUCCGCCGAACGAGACAGGCUCAACAUGAACAUCGUGGAAUGCUUCAUCGCGGUGAAGCCGGGUGACAGGAUCACGAUCAAAGGCAAGUUCUCGGGCUCUGCGGUUCACGGCCGUUUUGAUCUGGCGGUGGACGGCGCUUUCGUUGAGGCCAGUGUCAUGGAGGCCAAGCGCGAUGUCAUCAGUCAGGAGUACGAGCUCAAAUUCGUCAAAGAGCGCAAGGUCGCUUUCAACAAGGUUAUCAAUCUGCCGAUCCCACCAGGCUGGAGGAGCAGAGAGUUCCCCAAAGAGCUCUACGACGGACAUCUGCAUACAAAGCAACUCGACUCCGAGGACGUCGAGAAACUAGGCAAUCACGAAACUGCUAUUCGAGGAGGCAAGAAGCCUGGACUGGGAAGUAUCGUGGUCGUGGUGAACAUCAAUCAGUCCCAUACAGAAAUCUACGACCACGAAUCAUACUUCGACAUGACUGUUGGAAGUUGGAGGAAUCGCGACAGUAAGCUUGUGCGCAAGAGUGGCAUACAGCCGGACCUCGAGAUGGAGUUUAGGCAAUUGGACGAGAACACGAUUAGUGCAAAACGCAGCAAGAAGCACCGUGACCAUUUCGACCAGGCGAAGCCGGGAAAUGUGGCGUGGGCGAAGUACGUAUUCUAUUAUCGCCUACGUGAGCACAUCGAAGCUGCUGGAUGUUCGGAACGACCUGAUAUGGUCCAGGAUCUGGAGGACGCGGAGCCCAACACUUUCGUCGCUGCUGCUGAGACCACUGCGGGUGGACGCCUGAAAGACCCGAAAGCUGGAGACGGUGAUUCAGAGGGCAGUGCUACUAAUGGCUUUUCGAACGCCUCCGAAUCGUCUCCAAGCCCAUCGAGUGCGACCAAGGCGAAGAAGCGUCUUGGCGGUUCACUGCACGAAUACCUGAAAAGCGAGACUGACAAUUCGUCAUCGGAACUGGCACGUGAACGUGUGAGCACUGACAAUAUGAAUUCCAACGGCGGUCUACGUUUUACAGCGCCACCAACCAUGCAUUCGAGCCCACUUUCGAAGAUGAAGCAUCUAGGUGGUACGCUUGACCUGCCAAAAGACUACAUUCCGAGUUCGUGGGGGUUUCCACGCGACAGGACGCCAUCUGUUAGCGUGGGGACAGCUGCGCCUAUGGACUUGGAGCCAGAGCCAGAGCCAGAGCCAGAGCCGAAGACGGAGAACGAGGUUCUAAGGUUCGAGUCCGAUGGUAACUGGAAGUUCACGGCAGAGGAGGAGAGGAGUCCGCCGAGAUUCGAAGCCGACGACGACUACAAGCCGACAGCUGAUAGCCGCGUUCCCAAGGUUGAAGCUAAAGGCGACAACACGACCGCUUUCACCCCUCAGAUAUCCGCUUCAGCACUCCCAAUGUCGCCUAUCUCACCCUCGUCGUCCCGCAAGCGCGAUGCCAGUCUCUCUGGAGUCGAAACGCCAUCCAAGCGCUCGAAGUCUUCGAUCAAGCGCGAGAUGGAUUUGAGAAAGGCGGAAGCGGCGAGAAAACUUGAAGAGAGCAAGAAGAAGAUUGUGGAGGAACAAGCAGCACGUCAGAGAGCCAAGGCUGAGCGUGAAGAGCGGAAGAGAGCUAAGCUAGAGCAGAUGGAGAAGGACAUUCUUGAAGUGGAGGCUAUGGAAGAGGCAGCUUUGCAGGCAGAGCAGGAGCUGCUCGAGCUACAGCGCGCUCGUGAGGCUGAAGAGGCUGUAGACAGCGACGAGGACGAGGAGAGCGAGGUGGAAUAG